AUAUGGUGAAGGACAGUCUACUGGCAAAAUUGGAUUACGAUGGAAACACUGCCCUGCACUUGGCAGCCAUGUUGGGAGCUCCAGGCUAUACUGAUCUGUCUCGCCGCAAUCCCAUCGCCGCCCUGCAAAUGCACUGGGAAAUCAAAUGGUACAAGUUUAUUUUAAGAGCUGGGCCACCACGCUUCUUUCGUAGAUACAACAAAAAUAUGGAAACUCCAGCACAGAUCUUCACCAAAACUCACCGGGAGCUUGGCUGGGUAGGUUGCGACUGGCUGCAAAUAACCUCUGGAUCUUGCUCCCUUUUGGCAUCGCUGAUUGCCACGGUGGCCUUUGCCACUUCUACCACCGUUCCUGGUGGUGUGGGCGAUGGAAAGGAUGCUGGAAUUCCAAACUUUAUAGACAGGACAGCGUACAAGGUCUUUUCCAUCUCAUCACUCAUUGCUCUUGGCAGUUCUAUCAACUCACUCGUCUUGUUCCUCUCAAUACUUGCAUCUCGAUGUCAUCCUUCUGAUUUCGAAAAGAGUCUGCCCAGGAAACUUAUCUUGGGUUUGACAUCCAUGUUCUUGUCCAUUAUUUCCAUGCUGGCUUCUUUUUGUGCUGCCCAUUUCCUUGGAACCAGCAGCAAACUCAGGAAUAUUACUGUUCCUAUAUAUGCCCUGUCAUGUCUUCCUCUGACAUAUUUUGCCUUGUCUCACUUUCCACUAUACAUCAAACUUUUCUGGUCUACCAUUCACGACGAACCACAGGAUACGUUCGACUAUGCUCCACUUUAG